CUGGAAGGUGAGGCCAGCUGAGCCACUGGAGACCUGGGAGGUUCUUUUCUUUUUUAAGUUUUGCUGGCUCAGACCUGUUGGGCAGGUAUAAAAGGGAAUGGCCAGCCUCUGCUGGGCACCCAGUCUCUUCCAGUGUGGUCUCAGCACCCAGGGAAGUCCUGGUUCCCGCCCGUGGUUCCUUCUUGCUCCUCCCUCAGCCCAGCCACAAUGCCCAGUGCAUCCAGAGGCGAAUGCGGGGAUGAUGUGGACCCAAUGCCCUUCCUGACACCUUCCGAAAAGGAGAGAAUGGAAGCCAUGAGCAAGCCCUAUGACAUCAAGAGGUCUUGCUGGGUCAAGGAUGAGAAGGAGGGCUUCAUUUCUGGGGAGAUCCAGUCCGAACAGGGCGACCAGGUCACCGUGAAGACGAUCACCAACCAGACGCUCACCAUGAAGAAGGAUGAUAUCCAGCAGAUGAACCCACCCAAAUUCUACCAAGCCAGCGACAUGGCCAACAUGACCUUCCUGAACGAGGCCAGCGUCCUGGACAACCUACGUCAACGCUACGUCAGCAUGAGGAUCUAUACCUACUCAGGCUUGUUCUGCGUGACAGUCAACCCCUACCGGUGGCUGCCCAUCUACGGGGCCCGCGUGGCCAACAUGUACAGAGGCAAGAAGCGUACGGAGAUGCCGCCCCACCUCUUCUCCAUUUCAGACGUCGCCUACCACGACAUGCUCAUGGAGCGUGAAAAUCAGUCUAUGCUAAUCACUGGAGAAUCUGGUGCAGGCAAGACUGAGAACACGAAGAAGGUCAUCCAGUACUUUGCCAACAUCGGAGGAACUGGCAAACAGUCCUCGGAUGGGAAGGGGUCCCUGGAGGAUCAAAUCAUCCAGGCAAACCCUGUUCUGGAGGCAUUUGGGAACGCCAAGACCACCAGAAACAACAACUCCUCCCGUUUCGGAAAGUUCAUCCGGAUCCACUUCGGAACUACAGGCAAGCUGGCCGGAGCUGACAUCGAGAGCUAUCUCUUAGAGAAAUCUCGUGUCAUCUCACAGCAAGCAGCUGAGAGGGGCUACCACAUUUUCUACCAGAUUCUCUCUAACAAGAAGCCUGAGCUUGUCGAGAGUCUUCUGCUGGUCCCCAACCCUAAGGAGUACUUCUGGGUGAGCCAGGGUGUCACCACCGUGGAUAACAUGGACGACGGGGAGGAGCUGCAGGUCACAGACGUAGCCUUUGGCGUGCUGGGCUUCAGCUCCGAGGAGAAGAUCGGCGUGUAUAAGCUGACUGGGGGCAUCAUGCACUUUGGCAACAUGAAGUUCAAGCAGAAGCCCAGAGAGGAGCAGGCUGAAGUGGACACCACGGAGGUGGCCGACAAAGUCGCCCAUCUCAUGGGUCUCAAUUCUGGGGAGCUCCAGAAGGGCAUCACCAGGCCCCGGGUCAAAGUAGGCAACGAGUUUGUGCAGAAGGGCCAGAACAUGGAACAGUGCCAGAACUCCAUCGGGGCCCUGGGCAAGGCCGUCUAUGACAAGAUGUUCAAGUGGCUGGUGGUCAGGAUCAACAAGACCUUGGACACCAAGAUGCAAAGGCAGUUCUUCAUCGGGGUGCUGGACAUUGCCGGCUUCGAGAUCUUUGAGUUCAACAGCUUCGAACAGCUGUGCAUUAAUUUCACCAACGAGAAGUUGCAGCAGUUCUUCAACCACCACAUGUUCGUGCUGGAGCAGGAGGAGUAUAAGAAGGAGGGCAUCGACUGGGUCUUCAUCGACUUUGGCCUUGACCUGCAGGCCUGCAUCGACCUCCUGGAAAAGCCCAUGGGCAUCUUCUCCAUCUUGGAGGAACAGUGUGUCUUCCCCAAGGCCACCGACGCCACAUUCAAGGCAGCCCUGUACGACAACCACCUGGGCAAGUCCAGCAACUUCCUCAAGCCCAAGGGGAGCAAGGGCAAGGGGCCCGAGGCCCACUUCGAGCUUGUCCACUAUGCAGGCACCGUGGGUUACAACAUCACGGGCUGGCUGGAGAAGAACAAAGACCCCCUGAAUGAAACAGUGGUGGGCUUGUUCCAGAAAUCAAGCCUGGGGCUCCUAGCCCUUCUCUUCAAAGAAGAGGAGGCUCCAACUGGAAGCAAGAAGCAGAAACGAGGGUCCUCUUUCAUGACCGUCUCCAACUUCUACAGGGAGCAGUUGAACAAGCUGAUGGCCACCCUCCACAGCACCUCCCCCCAUUUUGUCCGCUGUAUUGUCCCCAAUGAGUUCAAGCAAUCAGGUGUGGUGGACGCCCACUUGAUCAUGCACCAGCUGGCUUGCAAUGGAGUCCUGGAAGGCAUCCGUAUUUGCAGGAAGGGCUUCCCAAACAGGCUGCAGUACCCAGAGUUCAAACAGAGGUACCAAGUGCUGAACCCCAGCGUGAUUUCUCAGGGGUUCGUGGACAACAAGAAGGCCUCAGAGCUGCUGCUCGGGAGCAUCGACUUGGAUGUGAAUGAAUACAAAAUCGGACACACCAAGGUAUGGUCUUCCCACUCAGGCUUGUCCCAAGAAGGUGGGUGUCAGGGUGUGAAUUCCAGCUCAGCCGUAGACCAGCAUCAUGAGGCAUGCCUUCAUUUUAACCCAUGCAAUGCUGGAUUCUUCCCUUUUUUUUUUUUUUGCAGAGUUGGCCUGAAGGUCAUCCAGCGGAACACACGCAAGUUCCUGGAGCUGCGUUUCUGGGGCUGGUGGAAGCUCUACAACAAGGUCAAGCCACUCCUGAAUGUGGCUCGGCAAGAGGAGGAGAUGAAGGCCAAGGAGGAGGAGCUGAGGAACGCCACGGCCAAGACGCAGGAGCUGCUAGGCAAGAUCAAGGAUCUGGAGGAGAAGAUGGCCACGCUCAGCCAGGAGAAGAAUGACCUCACCAUCCAGCUGCAGGCAGAGCAAGAGAACCUGAUAGAUGCGGAGGAGCGCCUGACCCAGAUGAUGAAGACCAAGAUGGAGCUGGAGAGCCAGAUCUCUGACAUGCGGGAGAGGCUGGAGGAGGAGGAGGUCACAUCGGCCUCGCUGAGCGCCACCAAGCGCAAGCUGGAGGGGGAGCUCAGUGACCUCAAGCGGGACCUGGAGGGCCUGGAGACCACGCUGGCCAAGACAGAGAAGGAGAAGCAGGCCCUGGAUCACAAGGUCCGCACCCUGACUGGGGACCUCUCGCUUCGAGAAGACUCUAUCGCCAAGCUCCAGAAGGAGAAGAGGGCCCUAGAGGAGCUGCAGCAGAAAACCCUUGAUGACCUGCAAGCCGAGGAGGACAAGGUGAACCAUCUGACCAAGAACAACAGCAAGCUUAGCACCCAGAUCCAUGAGCUGGAGGAUAACUGGGAACAGGAAAAGAAAAUCCGGGCGGAAGUGGAAAAAGCUCGCCGGAAAGCUGAGAGUGACUUGAAGAUGACCAUUGACAAUCUCAAUGAGAUGGAGCGGUCCAAGCUAGAUCUCGAGGAGGUGGUGAAAAAGAGAGAUAUGGAAAUCAAUUCUGUCAACUCGAAAUAUGAGGAUGAGCAGUCUCUGAAUUCCACGCUGCAGCGGAAACUAAAGGAACACCAGGCCCGAAUCGAGGAGCUGGAGGAAGAGCUGGAGGCUGAGAGGGCAAUGAGAGCCAAGGUGGAGAAACAACGCAGUGACCUGUCCCGAGACCUCGAAGACCUCAGUGACAGGCUGGAAGAGGCUGGGGGAGCCACAUCUGCUCAGAUCGAGCAGAACCGCAAGCGGGAGGCCGAGCUGCUGAAGCUGCGGCGGGAGCUGGAGGAGGUGGCCCUGCAGAGCGAGGCAGCAGCCUCCACACUGCGCAAGAAGCACACAGACUCCAUGGCCGAGCUGACCGAGCACGUGGAGAACCUGCAGAGGGUCAAGUCCAAGCUGGAGAAGGACAAGCAGGUCAUGAAGGCCGAGAUCGACGACCUCAACGCCAGCGUGGAGACCAUACAGAAGUCCAAGAUGAAUGCCGAGGCCCACGUUCGAAAGCUGGAAGAUAACUUAUCAGAGGCCAAUGCCAAGGUGGCUGAGCUGGAGCGGAACCAGGCAGAAAUCAACGCCAUCAGGACCCGCCUCCAAGCUGAAAACAGUGAACUGAGCCGGGAAUAUGAAGAAUCCCAGAGCCGGCUUAAUCAGAUCCUGAGGAUAAAGACGUCCCUGACAUCACAGGUGGACGAUUACAAGAGGCAGCUGGAUGAAGAGUCCAAGUCCCGCAGCACGGCCGUGGUGAGUCUUGCCAACACCAAGCACGACCUGGACCUGCUGAAGGAGCAGCUGGAGGAGGAGCAGGGAGGCAAGUCGGAGCUGCAGCGCCUUGUGUCCAAACUCAACACCGAGGUGACCACCUGGAGGACCAAGUAUGAGACGGACGCCAUCCAGAGGACCGAGGAGCUGGAGGAGACCAAGAGAAAACUGGCCGCCAGGCUCCAGGAGGCAGAAGAGACGGCUGAAGCUGCCCAGGCCCGAGCCGCCUCCCUCGAGAAAAACAAACAGAGACUCCAGGCAGAAGUUGAGGACCUCACCAUCGACUUGGAGAAGGCCAACGCCGCGGCCGCAGCCCUGGACAAGAAGCAGCGGGUCUUUGACAAGAUGCUGGCUGAGUGGCAGCAGAAGUGCGAGGAGCUGCAGGUGGAGGUGGACACCUCCCAGAAGGAGUGCCGCAUGUACAUGACCGAGAGCUUCAAGAUCAAGACCGUCUACGAGGAGUGCCUGGAGCACCUGGAGUCGGUGAAGAAGGAGAACAAGACCCUGCAGGAGGAGAUAAAGGAACUGAUUGAUCAGCUGGGUGAGGGAGGACGGAGUAUACAUGAGCUGCAGAAAAUGAAGAAAAAAUUGGAGAUUGAGAAGGAAGAACUCCAGGUGGCCCUGGAGGAAGCUGAGUCUUCCCUGGAGGUUGAAGAGAGCAAGGUGAUUCGAAUUCAGCUGGAACUGGCUCAGGUGAAAGCUGAUAUUGACCGGAGAAUCCACGAGAAAGAAGAGGAAUUUGAAGCUACGAGGAAGAACCACCAGAGGGCCAUCGAAUCCUUGCAGGCCAGCCUGGAGGCGGAGGCCAAGGGCCGGGCAGAGGCACUUCGGCUCAAGAAGAAGAUGGAGACAGACCUGAAUGAGAUGGAAGUCCAGCUGGACCACGCCAACAAGAACAACAGCGAACUUGUGAAGACGUUGAAAAGGCUGCAACAGCAAAUCAAGGACCUGCAGAUACAGAUGGACGAAGACGCCCGGCAGCAUGAGGAGCUGCGGGAACAGUACAACCUGCAGGAACGGCGCCUGAGCCUGCUGCAGACUGAGAUGGACGAGGUGCGCUCGGCCCUGGAGGGCAGCGAGCGCUCCCGCAAGCUGCUGGAGCAGGAGGUGGUGGAGGUCACCGAGCGGCACAACGAGCUCAACGUCCAGAACCAAAGCCUCCUUGUGGUCAAGCGUAAGCUGGAGUCUGAUGUCCAGCGCAUCUCCAACGAGCAUGAGGAGCUCAUCAGUGAGUUCCGCUCGGUCGACGAGAGGGCCAAGAAAGCCAUGACAGACGCUGCCCGCAUGGCCGAGGAACUCCGGCAAGAGCAGGACCACUGCAUGCACCUGGAGAAAAUCAAGAAGAACUACGAGGUCACCAUCAAGGACUUGCAGGCCAAGAUGGAGGAGGCUGAGCAGCUGGCUCUCAAGGGAGGGAAACGCACAAUCAUGAAGCUGGAAGCCAGGAUCAAGGAACUGGAGACGGAGCUGGACGGGGAGCAGAAACAGCACGUGGAAACGGUCAAGACGCUGCGGAAGAAUGAGCGGCGCCUCAAAGAGCUGGUCUUCCAGACGGAGGAGGACCACAAGACCAACCAGCGCAUGCAGGAGCUGGUGGAGAAGCUGCAGAACAAGCUGAAGGUCUACAAGCGGCAGAUCGAGGAGGCGGAGGAGCAGGCCAACCAGACCUUGGCUCGCUAUAGGAAGACGGUACAUGAGCUGGAUGAUGCCGAGGAGCGGGCCGGCAUGGCAGAGACCGCCCUGAACAAGCUGCGCACCAGACACCGCGUGGCUGGCAAAGGCAUCACCUCUGUGGAGAUCAUCCAGGUGUCCAAGACAGGCACCUCCAAAACCCUUUCUGAGGAGUGAGGUGCCACGUGUCCCAGCUCACAGCCGGGUGACACAGAUCACAACAGCAGACCACUGACAGGAAAAAUAUAUGAAAAUGGAAAACUGGGUCUAUCCUGAGAAUGUUUACUAUGCAAAGGAAAGUGCAAGCCAGAAAGAGAUAGGUGCAAAAGAAUAAAGAUAGCUGUGGGGGAGAUGGGCUUGGGGAUGUAAAUACCCAGCCAUUAGAGGAAUUUAAAUUAGCCCGGCUUCUCCAAGAUGGCAUCAACCUGUCAAGCACUUGGAUAACAGUAAGAGUGGGUCUGAUUUAGUUGAGAUUCUACAUGUUCAUGUCAAGGACGGAAUAUGUAAUGUCUGUGGGACUUGGCUGAUCUCUAGAAGUAAUUCCUCGUGUGGACAAUUUUGAUACCUUGUCCCCAUGCAUCUUAAAUAAAAGAAACUUGAAAAAUGGA